CGCGCGGCGCCGCGGUCAUGCCGCCGGACGCGGACCCGGGGGACCCUCCCGCCCCCGCGCGUCGCCGUCACCGCGCGAUCGCGCUCGUGGGGAAGACCGGGACGGGGAAGUCGUCCACGGGGAACGCGAUCCUUCGUCUCGGCGCGUCGUCGUCGUCGGCUUCGUCGUCGGCGUCGUCGGCAUCCAUCGGAUCCCCCGAGGAGGUGUUCGUCUCCAGACGCAGCGCCGCGGGGGUCACGACCGAGUGCCACGUCCACCGCUGCGACGGCGGGCUCUCCAUCCCGUGCGACGAAGACGCGAGGCGCGAGGACGACGGCGAGGAAGACGCGACGACCGCGAUGGUGACGUGGUGGGUGAUCGACACCCCGGGGACGUGCGACGACGCCGCCGCGGAGCGCGAGGGGGGCGUGGAGGCGAAUCUGGUCGAGAUCGAGCGCUGCGCGUCGCUCGCGCCGGAGGGCGUCGACGCGUUCGCGCUCGUGUUCAGCGCCGCCGGGCGCGUCACCGCGGACGAGCUCGACGCCGCGGAGUGGCUUCGGCAUCGCUUCGGACCGGACGCGUUCGACGCGCGAACGAUCGUCGUCUUCACGCACGCGGACGUGAUCGCGUUCGAGGGGGCGUCGCAUUUCGACGCGUACCUCGAGGGCGCGCCAGCCGCGCUCGCGAAGCUGUUGAAGAGGGUGACGCCCGACCGCGUCAUCCUGUGCGACGCGCGCGCGAAGCCGGGGAGCGAAGACGCGGCGCGGUUUAAGAAGUCGCUGCGGAGAGCGUUACGGUGCGUCGUCGAGGGCGUCGGCGGCGCGGCGGCGGCGGCGACGACGGCGGCGGACGUCGCCGCCGCCGCGGAGGCUAGGGCGCCGAAGCCGCGCAUGAAGGAAGCGCGGCGGGCGCGGCAGCGGAAGCGAGCGCUCGAGGCGAGGCAGGCUGCGGGUGGGAGUGGGGACGGGAUUGGGGCGUCGUUGUUCGGGAUGAUAGAUCGCGCGAGCGCGGCGGUGUGGAGCGCGCUCGCGCCGCCGCCGCCGCCGAAGCCGCCCGAAGCGAGUCUCUGAGGCGACGGGACUUCGUUUCGAGAGUAUUCUGUCUGGUUGUUACGAGUACCGAAAGAGCUAGUCUAGCUAUAA